GGGCCCGCCGAGGCCCUGCCCUGCCUGCUGCCGGCCCUGGCCCAGCGCCUCUGCCCGCCGCAGGGACAGGUGCACGAGCCCUGCGAGGAGCUGCGCCUGGCCCUCAUCCAGCUCUUGGGCCUCCUGCUGGAGCUCUGCGGCACCGCUCUGGCCCCUUACCUGCCCGAGGUCAUCCGCAUCCUGCAGGCCACCCUCCUCGACCCCUACCCCGAGGUCAAGCGUGAAAGCUGCAGGUGUGCGGCCGCCAGCGCCAGGGCUAUGCCAGAACACUUUCAUAUGCAGUCAGAAUUUUUGAUAAAACCCUUAAUGCAAACAAUUUCACACCAGCACUUCAGAGUCCGUGUUGCUGUGAUUCAGGCCACAGGAACAGUGAUAGAGUUUGGCAAUGGAAAAUCUGUAGACGAUGUUCUCUCUCAUCUGGCCCAGCGACUUUUUGAUGAGAUUCCUCAGGUACGGCAAGCUGUUACAGGUGUUGUUGGAGAAUGGCUAUUGCACCUGCGGGAUAGAUAUUCUUACUUCCACAAACUGAUUCCCUUGUUACUCAGCAGCUUUACUGAUGAAAUGCCCGAGAACAAGCAACUGGCUAUGAGUUAUUGGAAGAAGAUAGGCUUGCAGUGGGAAAAAGAGAAUGAAGAGGACAUUAAGGAUAAGCUUGACUUUUAUUCAACACCAUCUCAUUAUCCUGAAGGAGUGGUUCGACCAGAAUUGGGAUGUCGGGAGCUCGUUACAAGAAACCUCUCCAAAAUUCUUCCCGGUCUCUGUCAUGAUAUAACAGACUGGGUUGAGGGAACAAGAAUAAAAUCAUCUCAGCUUCUGUUUAUAUUGUUGUUACAUGCUGAGGACCACAUUACACAGCACAUGGAGCUACUGCUUAGAACUCUGUACCGAGUAUGCUUAGAUGAAGAGAAUAAUGUGGUUACAAAUUGUGUGAAAGCAGCAGAGUUGAUUGGAACAUUUGUUAACCCUAAGGUAUCUCUGAAAUUACUCAUGUCAGCCCUUGAAAAAACACCUAUGCCAUCUUAUCUCAUGAUUCUUGCUGCAGUGAUCCGAGGUUGCCCAAGACAAGUCUUAAAGCCUCAUUUGUCUAAUCUUGCUAACACACUCUCACAACCUGAGAUCUGUCAGCGAUCUGAAGAGAUCUUUUAUAUGGAACAGUUGCUUUGUUGUGUACAAGCAAUAAUUGAAGUGUGCCAAGAAGACUGCAAAGACAUUAGCUUGCAGCUAAUGAAAGUUUUGGUGACAAUAAUGGCAAUACCACGCAGUGAACAUCUUCAUGAAAAGGUAGAAGAGUCAAUGUGUUUAUUAGCUAAGGUACAGCAUUUGCAUGGUUUUAUUGAUCUCUAUAAACAACAUAUAGAUCAACUUAUGGAAUGGGUAUCUGUAUCACAUGAUCAUUGGAACUGCUAUUCUCCAGAAUUAUUACAGUUAGAUGUCAUUGCCACUCAUUCAGGUCCUGUAAUAGGUGAGGCCCUUCAGGAUUUCAUUCUCGUCCUUAAGACAUGUCUUCAGCCAACCAAAGAUCCAUCAAUGCGCUUAAAGCUUUUCACUAUAUUAUCACAGUUGCUCCAGAAAGCAAAUGAGACCAUCAACUCUCAGGGGAAGUUUCUUAGCUAUCUUGAGAUUGUAAUAAAAGACAUAUUGGCUCCUAAUCUGCAGUGGCAUGCUGGAAGAACAGCAGCUGCCAUCCGCACUACAGCUGUAUCAUGCCUUUGGGCUCUUAUUUACGGUGAAAUGCUUUCACCUAAAGAGAUUUUUAAACUGGAAGAUGCACUGAUGCAUCAGAUAAUUGCCACAUUGGAUGAAGAUUCUAAAAUGACUCGAGUAAUGGCUUGCCGUAUUGUCAAUGUUUUUUUAAACAUCUGUGGGAAGCAGUUUGAUGUAGAAAAACUCAACAACAUUUAUCCUGAACUCUUAAAGCGACUGGAUGAUGCUGCCCAUGAUGUACGACUAGCAGCUGCUCAAGCUUUAACUAACUGGUUUAAAUGUUUAAGAAACGAUGACAGAAAAACUGUACUUAAAAAUAAUAUUGAAUUUCUUUACCGAGAACUGUUAAUUCAUUUGGAUGACCCUGAUCAAAAUAUCCAACAGGCAAUUUUAGAAGUGUUAAAAGAAGGAAGUGUUUUAUAUCCAGCAUUGCUGGCGAAAGAAAUAGAAGCAGUUGAACAUAAGCAUCGAACUCCAGCCUACUGUGAUCAGCUACUACAGCAUAUUCAGUCAACUGGGGAGUAGAAUCUCUUGAGUCGGCAGCAUCGUCUCUAGAGAACCGUGUUUGAACUUUACAUGAACUGGAAUUGCCUCAUUUUCAACUCAGUAAUAAAACUGGCUGGUCAAUAGAUAAGUGGUUCUUUUGCAGAUAGAGUAGUGUCUUGUUUAAAAGUGUAAUCAACACGCAUUUCAACAGGACUGAGCAUGCUUACAAUUAGUAAUACAAAACAGAAUGUUUUAAUUUAAUUAAUUCCUUAUUGAAAGUAUUUGAAUUGGGGCAAGAAUGCUCUUUGUGAAUUUAUCUGACAAUAUUUAUUGUUGAGAGCGCUAACGUCCUUUUAGAAACAAAGCUCUAUUUAAUGAACCAUCAGUCCUAAAACUGCAUUGGCAAAGCUCAUGUAGGCUUCAAGGCUACUGAGUACUCCCAGCUCUAGCAAUUGCUCAACACCUUGCAGCAUUAAGCCCUUAUGGUUCUAAUUUGCCAUUGCUACCCAGGCACAAUAUUUAAAUUGCAUCAAGCAAUACACUUUUACACAAUUUUGUGUACUGAUGCUCCUGUAGUACCGUCUUAGUUUAAAGCAGAGCAACUGACCCAGCGAAUACCACAGAGUGACCAGCUUUGUUACUUACAGCAGUGCUAUUCAAAUUAAAGGUAUAUCAGUCACGUAAGCAUCAUACCUGGCAGUGCUUGCAGAAUGGAACCUGUAGUUUCCUAAAGGCCUCCAUGUAACUAGAGUCACAUUUUGCAAUUUAAAAUAAAACCAUUAAUGUGUGGGGAGAGGGCCAGUAUUUUUGUUCCCAUAGUACUUGGAAAUCAACUGAAUUUCUUGGUACUACGCUUCCCUCUUGCAAUACAUAAAAUGAGCCUAUACUAUUCUGAGCACAUAUGUCUUUUAAAUAAAUCUUCAUAUUGUCACUGUAUUGUACGGUCUGAAUAGAGAACAAAUGAGUGAGAAUAUAUUUAGAAAUAUACAAUAAGGAAUUAAAGAUUAUAAAUGACAUUAAAAACAAUACUGUUUUGUUACAAAAUACAUUUUGAAUAGAACUUCUAUUUUUGUACUCAUUAAUUGCAUGGUAUCUGUAUUUUUUAUUGUUUACACUGUAGUGCCUUAAAGGAACAAGAAUUUUGUUUUCCAGUAUUGUGUUGAAUCUGAUUUUAGGUAAUUAGUUUGAUUAUAUAUAUAUAUAUAUAUUAAUAUUAAGUGAAUACAGUGUGGUUAGUGUCUUUCUGUAUUUUGAGCUGUAUAAUUUAACACUAUAUUUAAAGUGCCUUUGUGAGUUAUUAUGGAGUGGUUUUCCAUGGAGCAAAAUUAACUUAAAGUGCAAAAUAAUGGUGGCCUUGAU